GGGGAGCACUGGUCAUAUACUGUAAUAUCAACCCUGUACAGAGCAUCUGCGGGCGGAUGGUUUGGAAUCUUUCUGUAGAACACUCAGAAAAAGCAAGCAAUGUCGUCAUGACUUUUUUUGGACACCUUGAUGUCACCAAGCUUUGCUGAAGCUUCACCUGUAAACAACCAGAGCUUCCCUUGUCAACCCAAAUCUUUCACCGCCAGUAACCACUCUUUCGAAUCAAUUGGACAAGAUAUUCGAGUCACAAACAUGUCAGCACAAGGCGCAUUCCACCGCCUCCUGAGCUUCUUCGCCCACCGCUCCCCCCACCCAAACACAUCGACAAUAACCUUCAUGGACUCCCUCCGCGGCGACCUCUCCAUCGGUCUAAACUUCCCCGUCGCCGUCUUCCUAGCCACAAUCCGCCAUCUCGUCUUCCGCAACACUGGCUUCUGGUCCCUGACCAUCUACGUCCCUACCGUCCGCACGUCACGGAAAUUACUCGGUGGACCAUCCGCUUGUAGAGCCUUGGAUGAAAGUAAGAGAUAUGGAUGUGCGGAAUUGAUAUCGUUGGCGAAAAGAGAAGGCAUAGUGGCACAACUCGACGCCGUAGGAUUGUGGAUGCUCGCUGCCGAAAAAGACGGAAAAGUCAAAGGUGAAGAGGUGAGGUUGUUUCAAAAAGGUGAGAUUAUGGAGAGGAUUGCCGAGAGGAGGAGGGGUAUGGAUAAUGUGUUGCCCUUUUGGAGGGGUGGGCCUUUGAUUGCUUCUGCUCAUUCGUGGGCUGUGAAGAAGGCUUUUGGUGUGGAGGUUUAUGAUGGGCAUAAGAGAGCUUGAAAUUCUUGAGAUUUCUUUCUCUGGCACUUGCAAGGAUACAGACCUAAGAAUACACAUAACGGUUAGAGAAAAAGAUAUUUGUCAAGCUAAAGUGGGCGUCUCAAGAUGCAAGGCAUACCCGUGGAUCUGGAACACCCAUCAAGCAUCAGCACGCUUUAAAAAUACGAUGCUACGGAUCAAUCAAGUUGCGAAGACCUUUUGAAGCAGCCGGAAACAUGGCUUAUCUGGUCGAUUGCAAGAAGACGAGAGAGACUGGACUAAAACGUUGCACCGGAUCUUUCUCUAUCUGUCCAGCAAGGCAGUUAUGAAUUCGGUCAUCGCUCAUGUACCUAUCGGCGUCGUCUACGAUAGCAAAAAGGCACAACGCACGAUACUUCUCUAAAGAAACAAACGAUACGCCCGACACGAAAUCCAUAAUAGAACUUCUUAGUUGAAAGGUGCUAUCACCCUUAUGAACAAAUGCAAGGUU